AGGUCCGGAGGCGCGAGUCGCGCCGAGCCUCGUUUCCCCCGCUCCUGAGGUCGGUGGCUGGAACGGAGGGUGAGAGCUGACCCACCGCUGGACCGGAGCCCCGCCGGGGCGGCAGCUGGGUCGCGGCGGGAGACCGGCGCGCUAGGAACUGGUGCCGGGAGCUGGGGACCGCACGUGCAGGAGUAAAAGAGAGGCAAUGCAGAGAUCAGAGUGUCCUGGAAGUACACAGUUGAGAAACAGAGUAACAGGCAACUGUGAUGAAAGGACAUUGUCAAGUGCACAAAUAAAACACAAGACUAUAAUUCAGCAAAGCAAAUCCUCCUCAUCAACCAGUUCACCAGAGUCUGCAAGAAAACUUCAUCCUCGACCGAGUGAUAAACUUAACCCUAAAACAAUUAACCCGUUUGCUGAGCAGUCACGAGCCCCUUCUGCUUUUGCAGCUAUUUACUCUAAAGGAGGUAUACCAUGCAGAUUGAUACAUGGUUCAGUAAAACACAGAUUACAGUGGGAAUGUCCUCCUGAAAAUCUUCCAUUUGAUCCUCUUCUUAUUACUUUAGCUGAGGGUCUGAGAGAGACUAAACAUCCAUAUACCUUUGUGUCAAAGGAAGGUUUUAGAGAAUUACUUCUGGUCACUGGUGCUCCAGAAAAAACUGUUCCCUUGCUCCCUAGACUGAUCCCAGUGCUAAAGGCAGCUCUGGUCCAUUCAGAUGAUGAAGUGUUUGAAAGAGGAUUGAAUGCCCUGGUACAGUUAAGUGUCAUUGUUGGCCCUUGUCUAAAUGACCAUCUGAAGCAUCUGCUUACAAGUCUAUCCAAGAGACUAAUGGACAAGAAAUUCAAAGAGCCCAUCACCGAUGCGUUGCAAAAGCUAGAGCAGCAUGGUGGAAGCGGAAGCAUCAUCAUCAUCAAAUCUAAAAUUCCAACAUAUUGUUCCAUUUGCUGUUGAAGAAGGGAGCCAAGAAAAAUCAUCUUACUACCUGGGGGCUUGUGUCAGACACUGAGGUGGGAGCCAUGGAACCUUUAUUCAAACAGUUCAUUUUAUUCUUCUGUAAAUCACAACCACCAUUUAUUAUUUACUAGGUUAAGAUGAGUGGACACUGGAUCAUAGUAAAAGUUAUUCUUCAACAAAAAAGAACAGUUAAUAAAGGAAAGAAGUUCUACAGUAGUAAAAUUUUGUGGGGUUUAUUUUUUAUACUUUUGUCAUUUGUUUGAAGAGCCAUUGUGGUGUUCACAAGGUAUGUUUGUAUUUAUUACCCAGCACCUUUUGUUCAUCACAUCCUCUUUGUGAUCAGUUCGUAGCUGUGCACUUACUUUUGUAGAUGCUUUGUCAUUUCUUGGGUUUUAUAUUUAUCAGUGCUAUAGAAAUUUAAAAUAGUACACAAACAUUUGUGAAUACACUUAAUCGGUUGUAAAUAUGUGUUUUAUAAUGUAGAAUGCUUGGAAAAAUUUCUUUCCACAGUAUUCUAGUUUAAGAAAUUGUUUUCAACUGUAAAUUCUAUUACAAAUAUGUUGUUAUUACAACUUUUUAAAACUACCUAAACUUUAGGGGUGAACUGUAUUUAAGUAAAUGUUAUUUUUGCAUUUCAUAGUCAUCAAUACAGAUAUGCACAUAAAGAUGUUCAGAAAUUAAAAUCUCGAAACUUCCACACAUUCAGUGAUUUUGUUUUGCUUCCUUAUAUUUAACAGUUUUUUUUUUUUUUUAGAAUAACUUUAAGACAUAAUUUACAAGGUAGCUCUGAAUUUGAUGUAGGGGAAGCUAACUAUAGAUUAUUCUGCAAAAAAGGAGUAGAGGAAGAGAAAUAGAAAACAGGUGUAAGACCUUCUGUCAUCUUACGGGCAAGAAAAGUAGCCGUACAGAAUUGAGUAGCCCCAUCAAAUCCACAGCAGAUGAAUACUUGGAAAGGAUGGGGUGAGAGAUCAGUCUUACCAAUAGGGUCAACACCCUUGUACCCCAGAAAUAUGAAGAAAUGCCCUUUCCUUGCUCUAUCCCCCCUAUAUGCCUAGAGUGACCUCUGCAAUUCUCAUUUCAGAUAGGCUCAGGGCCGUAACUUGAAAGGGUACAGAUAAUCUCUGAGGAGUCUCAGUGCAGAAAUGCUCCUGCCCAGAGUGUGGGUGCUGUCCGGGCCCUUCGUCUGCUGCUCCUUCUCAGGUGACUACUACCUGUCUGAGCCUCAGGCUGCCUGCGCCACAGCCUUGCUGUUCCUUUUACUUAGCACCAUCCAAAGAUGUCUACAAUCUUAAAAACGUCCUAAGAAAAAAGUAAUGUAUUUAAUCUCAUAAUUGCAAAAUUUGUUAGAAUGAAGAUCUAUCACAGACAGUAGAGUUAUAAACAUUUUAUUUUGCUUUUAUUUUUUCUUUUUGAAAUACAAAAUGUGCACAUUGAGUUUACACAAACACAUGAUGGCAAAUUUCAGUGUACAUGUAUUGUACUACUCUUAAUUUCUACACUGGUGAUAGCAGGGCAGCGUUCAACAUCCUAUCUCUACACCAGAAUAGAUACCUGAUUUAGUGUUGCAAAAGACCGUUGCAAAUUUCCUCCUACUGUCGCCUCUCCGUCUUGGUGAUGUUUCUACAGAACAGAGAAGGAGUGUGAAUUUUCAGUAAUGUGGCAACUGUGUGGUCUUGCUGAAGAUCAUUAGAAUCUGGAUUGUUGGAGUUUUAUGAUGAGCUAAAUCAUGAUGUAAUAAAUGAAGCUGAGUUGUUCAGCACCUACACUCAUCUACUAAGUCUUGGUAGUAGUUCUCAAUGGAAGGGAGUCACUGGUGCUUUCAGAGUGAAUUGUACUUGCUGUUUGUUCCUAGUAGGCAUCGGGACAGCCAAGGUCUCUUUGUCCCUGAAUGGCUUGACAUAUAAACAUGCUGUAUGGACAUCAGGGAGAGAGGAUGGAAUUAGCCUUUCAUGGCUGUCAAGGGUUACUUGUUACCAGGCACUGCUGUGCACUGUAGGACAGAUGCCCUGACCCUUU